CAACUGAACGAUCUUGUUUGCAAACAUCAAGAAAUCUCUCCACCUAGGUGCAAAGGAGAAGCCGAAGGAAGCAAAAGGACUCCUUAGAGUUCAUCGUGAUCCAAACAAGUUGCUGCAAGAUGAGCUUGACAAACUCAGGCUUAAAAAUUCAUAAUGGCCUCAACCUCAAGAACUCGGACGGUAACUUUACCACGAGUGACCAACCACCCUCAACAGCCAACUACUGCUGUAUCUCGCAAUUUACCUGGCGGAAGCUUCAGCCUGCGAUUUGGUGAUUAUGUAGCCGCCCAGCGUGCAGAUCCAGUUCAAUAUGAUCAGAAUGACAAUGAAAUAAUGGAUUCUGAAGAUGAUACAAACUCUAUUCAGAAUGAAGCUCGCAAUCGGCAAGAAACACUUUUGUUCUUUGAAGAACAACCAUCAGUUUUCAAAGAAACUCUUGACCAGGCCAGUGCUCGCUACACAGCUUUUCAACAGCGACAAACGGAACGUGGUGAAAUGGUGGUGCCAAGACCACAGCCGGAAUCUGAAUCUGAAUCAUCACAACCGCAAUCUCGAAGGACCAGAAAGAAGAAAGGCAAGAAGCAGGACAGAAUUUGCCGAACAUGUUACCCCAUGAGCGAGUAUGAAGAAAUUGAUGCUGUUCAAUUUAUCAGACUAUUACCACAGGCAACUAGGCCAACUCGAGCAACUGAUGGAGCUGUUGGUUAUGAUUUAACAUCAAUAGCCAUGUAUAUAAUCCCAGCCCAAGGAAGAAUGCUAAUCUCCACCGGCAUAGCCUUGGAGAUACCUUAUGGCCUUUAUGGAAGACUUGCCCCUCGAUCUGGACUUGCUCUAAUACAUGGAAUCGAUGUUGGAGCAGGAGUCAUUGAUCCUGAUUAUAGAGGAGAAGUUAAGGUACUCCUUUUUAAUCAUAAUCAGGAGGAAUUCAUAGUUCGUGCUGGAGAUAGAAUCGCUCAGAUCAUCUUUGAGAAGGUUUCCUUACCAAGAAUUGUGGAAAAUGAUGCCCAAAAUCUAUGCGAUACACGAAGAAGCACUAAAGGAUUCGGAAGCACGGGGAAGGAAAAGGCUUUGGAAUAUAGACCAGAGGAUUCAGACUCUGACUCUACACUUAAUAUAAUUGCUAUGAUGGAAGAAGAAGCGGAGACAGAGUACCCACAGAUAAAGAAAUUGGAGGCGUUAAUUGCAAAACGACAACAACCUCAUUAUCUGUUAUCUUCAUCAUCAGCAGUUACCUCUCAUUAUAAUCUUCCACAGGAUACAGUAAUGGGUCCCCCAGGCUAUCCACCGGCAACGGGACGAGGUCCAUCUAUAAAUAUCCCGGAAAGACCCUCAUAUACAGCAGGAAGGCAAAAUUUCAGACGAUGAGCUAACAAUGAAAUGUGGAAUUUGCCAUCUGCCAUGCAUCAUACAGGAGCCAUGUUUGUCAUUCCACAGGCUCUUGGAA